CCAGUUAUUUGAUGUGCUUUUCACUACACUGUUUUAGUGUGAUAUGUUAUGUAGCAAAUAUAUGAGUUUCUGAUAAUUAAUAUAUAACCAAAAUAAUAAAGCGCCAAUGGUACUAUAUAUUUAUUCAUUUAAGAAAUAAAAAAGGGAGCAGAAGGUGAUUUAAGUCUCUGCGUCAUAGCGCUGCAGAGGAGCGCUAUUCCAUUUUCACUUUUCAUUCGUGACUCAGUUGUUUGUAAUGCUCCAGCAUACUGGAUGCCCACCGUCCUAAAACAAUAAUAAUAAGAAGAACAAACAAUGGCUUCGGGUUUACUGAAGAGGAACAAGAUAGCACUAAACUGCGUUUAUUUUUUAGAGAACCUUGUGAAAACGAAGCUUCUCUUUAUUUCCCUCUUAUUGUUCUGGCAUUUGCUCGACCAUGGUGUGUCUGGUGUUGAUAUAGACAGAGUGUCAGUGAUGGAGGGAGAUUCAGUUACUCUACACACUGAUGUUAAAACAAACCAACAAGAGAAAAUUAGAUGGUAUUUCAGUGACACUCGCAUCGCUCAAAUCACUGGAGAUCUCAGUAAGAUCUGUACAGAUGUUCAGUGUAAAGAUGGUGAUGAGAGAUUCAGAGACAGACUGAAGCUGGAUCAUCAGACUGGAUCUCUGUCCAUCAUGAACAUCAGAAACACAGACUCUGGACUCUAUAAACUUCUGAUAAGCAACAGCAACUUCGACAUUGAAAAGAUCUUCAGUGUUAUUGUAGAUGAUGUUCCUGCUGCUGGAGGCCAUGAAAUGAAGAGAAAAACAGUGAAGGAGGGAGAAUCUCUUACUUUGCAUUCAGAUGGAGUAAAAAAAACUAAUGAUUUAAAAAUGUGGUAUUUUAAUGACAUUCUCAUCACUAAAAUCACUAAAGAUCAGAGUAAAAUCUGUACAGAUGAUCAGUGUAAAGAGAGAUUCAGAGACAGACUGAAGCUGGAUCAUCAGACUGGAUCUCUGACCAUCAUGAACAUCAUAAACACAGACUCUGGACUUUAUAUUCUACAGAUCAACAGCAGCAGAUUUAGCAUCAUAAAGACAUUCAGUGUUACUGUCACUGCUGUUACAGAUUCAGCUGUUGCUGCUGCUGUUGUUGCUGCUGUUGUUGCUGCUGUUCUGCUGAUUGCAGCUGCUGGUGUGAUUUACAGUCACCACAGGCGAUCUGUACAAGGAAAACAAAAUGGCAAGUACUGCAUACAGAUGAUCGGACAAAAAAAAAAAAAUACAUAAAAGUAUGCAUUUUUAUUCUGAUUGACCAAAGUC